AUGGCUGGCAAAAAAACAUUUCAUCUCAACAUUUCUGCCAAAAAGCAAGAGGACAAAAGGACCUACUGUAACGUAGACGCAGGGAGUCAGGAAGCAGGUGCAGUUAGUGUGUUUAAUAAUAACGAACAUGGAACGAAACAAAUUAAGAGAAGCGUCUGACAUGGAAACACAAACAAUACUACCUGAUGACUGACAAAACAGAGUGCUAUAUAAAGGGUAAGUAUUCAAGGGAGUAAUGAAGUCCAGGUGUGACUGAUUAUAGGGCGCAGGUGUGCGUAAUGAUGGUUGCCAGGUGUGCAUAAAGGUGGGUUGCCAGGACCGGUGGUUAGUAGACCAGUGACGUCGAGCGCCGGAGCAGGAGAGUGUGAGUAGACGUAACAGUACGCCCCCGACUCGCAGCUCCAGCCGCAGGACGACACCUGCUAGGGGGAAGGCCCAGAGGGCGAGGACCGGGCUGGUCCGGACGAUGAAGGUGGAAUUAUCGGAUUAUGUUGGGAUCUAGGAUGUCAUCCACCGGAACUCAACACCGCUCCUCUGGACCGUACCCCUCCCAGUCCACCAGGUACUGGAGCCGACCCCCACGACGUUGGGAGUCCAGGUGUGAUCUGACGGCAUAGGCGGGGCUCCCCUCGAUGUCCAAGGGAGGCAGAGGGGUGUCGUGGGGGACGGCAUCAGCCAGAGGACCAGGAACCACCGGCCUGAGGAGGGAAACAUGAAAAGAUGGUGAGAUCCGGUAGUUAGUGGGGAGUUGUAAUCUGUAAAUUACCUUGUUGACGCUCUGGAAGACCUAUUCAGCCCAAGGAAGGAAUCAAACCCACUCCCCCUGCCGGUCCUGGUUCAUCCUUUCCACCUGCCCAUUAGACUGAGGUCGGUACCAGGAAGUGAGGCUGACCGUAACCCCCAGCUUCUCCAUGAAGGCCUUCCAUACACGUGAUGUGAAUUGGGGGCCACGAUCGGAGAUUAUAUCCUCCGGAAGGCCAUAGUGCCGGAAAACCAGCUGGAACAGUGCCUCAGUGACCUGGAUAGCGGUAGGGAGACCAAAGAGAGGGAUGAAACGGCAUGAUUUAGAGAAUCUGUCCACUAUCACAAAAAUAGUAAUAAAACUAUCAGAAGAGGGGAGAUCAGUGACAAAAUCAAUGGACAGAUGAGACCAGGGACGCUGAGGCACGGGAAGGGGAAGGAGUUUCCCUGCGGGAGCAUUCCGUGGGGAUUUGGAUUAGGCACAUACGGAAUAGGAGUUGACAUAACGAGUGAUGUCCUGCGCAAAGGUGGGCCACCAGUACUUUCCAGAGAUGGACUGAACGGUGCGGGGGAUACCUGGAUGUCCAGUAACGACAGUUGUGUGCGCCCAGGUCAACAGCCGAUCCCUUAUCCCCGUGGGAACGUAGGUGCGCUCAGGAUGAUAGGUAGCAGGUGUGGGUUCCCUCUCCAGGGCCUGGCGAAUGUCCACAUCUCCGUCCCAGAGCACAGGGGCUACCUCUCGCGAGGGAGGAAUUAUGGGUGCACUCAAGACAGGAACCUCUCCCGAAUCGUAGAGACGGGACAGGGCAUCGGCUUUGAUGUUUUUUAACCUGGGCUAUAUGUCAGCGUGAAAUUGAAUCUGGUGAAGAAAAGGGCCCACCUGGCUUGGCGCAACCAAUGGUUGGUGAGGAUGAGAAAUGGGUCCUGGGUGCCCUCUAGCCAGUGUCUCCACUCCUCUAAUGCCAACUUCAACGCCAGGAGCUCCCGAUCGCCAGCAUCAUAGUUCCUCUCUGAAGGAGAUAGUUUUUAGAGUAAUAUGCACAUGGAAACAAUUUAUGUGGAUUACCUUGAUGUUGGAACAGGACAGACACCACACCUACUUCUGAAGCGUCCAUCUCCACCACGAAGGGCAGCAAAGGAUCUGGAUGUUUGAGCAAUGGAGCGGAGGUGAAACGUCCCUUCAGUAGGCAGAAGGCUUCGUCAGCUGCAGGAUUCCACCCCAACUUCCGGGGACCACCCUUGAGGAGAAAAGUGAGAGGAGAGGCGAUCAAGCUACAUUUCUUAAUGAAUCAGCGGUAGAAGUUGGCAAAUCCCAAAAGCCAUUGUAACCCCUUUAUGGUGGUUGGGACUGGCCAUGACCUGACAGUAUCCAUCUUCUUCUCAUCCAUCAUGACUCCUUGCGGACCGAUCUGGUAACCCAAAGGGGAGACAUCCUCCUGAUGGAAUUGGCACUUCUUCGCCUUGGCGUACAGGUGGUUGGCCAAAAGGCAUUCCAGGACUACUCGGACGUGAGCGAUGUGAUUCUCCAAGGUAGCCUAGUAGACCAGGGUGUCAUCGAUAUACACGACCACCUGUCGUCCAAGCAUUCGUUGACGAAUGCCUGGAACACAGACGGAGCAUUGGCCAAUCCAAAAGGCAUCACCAAGUACUCGUAGUGACCAGACAUCGUGUUCAUCCUCCUGGAGGCGGAUGAAAUUGUAGGCAUUCCACAGGUCCAACUUGGUAAAAAUCCAGGCCCCGCUGAGUUGUUUGAUCACGGCCACCACCAACGGGAAAGGGUAGCGGUACUUCGUGGUGAUGGAAUUCAGAUUUCUGUAAUCGAUGCACGGGUGCAACCCUCCAUCUUUCUUGGUCACAAAGAAGGAGCCUGCCGACACAGUGGAGGUGGACGUGUGAAUGAAACCCUGCUAGAGAGCCUCCUGGAUGUCCUCCUCCAUAGCCUUGGUUUCAGCCAUCGACAGAGGGUAGAUGUGGCCACGCGCGGCGUAGAGCCUGCAAGCAGGUUGAUGGCACAGUCCCAGGGGUGAUGAGGAGGGAGAUUAAUUAUUAGCCAUUCUCAAAUAAGCCAGCUGGUCGUGGUGUUGACGAAGUAUGUGUCCCUGUUCGCAGACCAUCUGGGAGAAGUCUUGAUUAACUGCUGCUUCCAUUUGUUGAUGUAGUAUUUUGCCUUUUCUGUCGCACUGAAAACUUAAGUAGAAAAGAAGACAUACACGGUAGUAUGCCUUUUAAUUACUAAACAAGAAGAGGUUUCAAGUGUUUUACAUGUUUUGUCAUUUUUCUUUUAGCGAGGACCCCUUCUCAGCAAAGCCAGUAUGGGAAUCCUCAUGCCAACACAUCAGAUCAACCGGUUAGCAGAAUUGCUGUAUCAAGAGUGAGACUGGAUAACAGUAUUAAAGCUAAAUAUUACAGCAUUAGAUUUGACCCAGAGUCUGAUUUGAGUGAGUCUGUGUUUCAUCCCCAUACUGUAGCUCCACGGUGAUGAUGCUGCCCUAAACUACACUACCCUGAAGUUCACUGACAAGAAGAGUAUGAAGCCCAGGAGACAGAGGAGAGAACAGAGAGAACAGAGAGAGGAAGAAACCAUCUACUCUGGAGUGAGUCAUCAAGACAGAAUUUAACAUGUGAGGGUCAUCCAAUUAGCAUCAUUCUAAGUUAGGACCCACUCCUCCUCUGAACUCCACUUUGAUCUUGACUGUGUCCUUGUCAACUGGCUAUUAUAUACAUUUCUCAUUUGCUGUAGGAUGCCAUUGCAGGGGCCUAGCUUCGCUUAAUAUAAAUGUAAAAACACUCAGGUGCAGAGCAUAAUUGUCCAGCAAGUGUGAAAGCUGAUACUAGAAUGGUUUCAGAAAUCUCAAAUCCUCAGCAAUAGUGGCUUAGGUUGACUGACUGGAUACAUUUGUUUUUCUAGAAGUGUACAACAAAGUGUAUAUAAUGAUUUUGCAAAUGUCUCAACUCUUACUUUUGAUGAUAAAAGUUGUAACAUUGAACUCUGUAACCUGUCCUUAUGCUUGUGUGAUAUUUCAUUAAAUGUUUUUCAUGUUUUUAUUUUAAAGUUUAAUGACUUGCCCAAUUCUUACCACUUAUUUGCAUCAGGUAUCAACGGAUCAUAUCUAUAUAUUGUCAAAAAAGUGCCAACCUCACCAGAGUUCAAUUCUUCCUGAAAGGUUGAACUGCUUCUACAGACAUGAAGUGAGAAAUACAAUGUAAAGCCCCUGUGUAUGUCAAAGAGGACAUAUGUACCACUAGUCUCAGCCACCGACCCAAAUGAUGAAAAAAUACAAACCAGUAACUCUGACUUUACAUCAUUGAAGGGCUGCUCUAACUAUGGUAUGCCACAGGACACAUGUUAGAUUGUAGUUUUUAUCACAUGUUUUAUGGUUGUUCAGACAGCCAAUAAUAUCACUCAGUUCAGAGUUUCCACCUACUUCAUAAUGAUUACACGAUGAGUGUCAUCAUAUAAAAGGUGCCCCGUUGUCAGACCCACCACUAUGCAGUGCAGAAAGGACAUUAAAAUUAUGAUUAUAUAUUGGACAAUCUUUUUGUUUUACGCCAAUUUGGGUAAGUAAGAAAUAUUAAUGUGGAUCCUUUUACUUAUUUAUGUCAGUCUUUUUGAAUCCAAUUGAAUGACCAUGUAGUCUGAAUAAUGAUAAUAAUGUAUCAUUCUGUACUAUACCUUUGUCUUUGAUUUAUUUAGUUUGUUUGCUUCCCAGGUUGUGCACUUAACAACGAUGUAAUCCAACCAGACCCUGUGAUGGUUACACACCUGGGACAAAGUGUAUCUCUUACUUGCUUUUGUCGAUCUAAUUUGAUCAGUGUCUCUUGGUUCAAGCAAAUUGUUGGACAGAAGCCUCUUCUCAUGGCAUCAUCAUAUUACCGCAUUCAAAAGGCUUUUUAUUACGACAAUUUUAUCAAGGACUUUAAUGAGACUAAACGUUUGAGUGUGAAGAGAGGAGUUGACAGUUGUAACCUGACCAUCUCCAAGACAGAGUCAGGGGACACAGCUACAUACUACUGUGGUGCUAUGGAAGUGGGCGAAGUCAAAUUUGGAGAAGGAACUUUUUUAAUUGUCAAAGGUAUCUUAAGUCGGUACCUAAGUGUGUUCAUAUAAUGCUAAACUAAUGAAUCUAUUAGGAAAAUUGAAUGUACACACCUUGAUCUUACUCACUCUUUUCAGAUUCAGGGUCCAACAGCAUGUCUGUGAUCCAGCAGCCUGUGUCUGAGUCAGUCCAGCCAGGAGACUCUGUGACACUGAACUGUACAAUACACACUGAGACCUGUGCAGGAGAACACAGUGUCUAUUGGUUCAGACAUGGCUCAGGAGAAUCCCAUCCAGGAAUAAUUUACACCCAAGGAGACAGGAGUGAUCCGUGUGAGAACAGCCCUGAGGCUGGGUCUCCUACACAGAGAUGUGUCUACAACCUCCCCAAGAGGAACCUCAGCCUCUCCGAUGCUGGGACUUACUACUGUGCUGUGGCCUCAUGUGGGGCGAUACGGUUUGGGAACGGGACCAAACUGGACAUUGACUGUUAGUGAUAUUUCUGACAUUUCUAAAAUGUUCUAAUAUUUUAUGCCUGGUUGAACAAAAUGUCCUGAAUUUCCUCUAUCACUAUCUGUAUUUCCACAGAUGGUUGUAAGGAGGACCAUGUUCUCUUGGUGUACUGUCUGGGUGUAGUGUUGGCUCUUUGUGUCAUCCUCAUCAUUGUCCUUGGUUGUGUUUUGUAUAAGAUGACCAAGAAAACCUCUCUGCUGUGUAGAGGUAAGUGUUAUCAUUGCGCACAAUAUAUGCUUAAAUUGUUGGUGCAGUAUACAUUACGUUUUAGUCAUGAAACUGGGUUAAUUAAUUGUAUGUGUUUGUCUAAAAGGAACGCAUCCUCAGCCAAAUGGUCCGGUAGUCACCAGUUAUCCUAGCCAGGUAUGCAGACCUUAUAGUGAACUAUUCUGAGUAUGACUUUGAUUAACUGUAAACAAAUCCUUCUAUCAAAUGACCAGGUAUUUUCUUUGGAAGUCUUUGGAAUUUGUUUUGCUAUUCCUCUUAGGAUCAAGAAGAUGAUGACACACUCACGUCGGUCCAUUACGCUGCUCUGAAUGUCAUCCACAAGAAGCCAAAGACCCAGAGACAGAGGAGUGCCAAAACAUGGACUGAAACAUAGAUUUACCUCCUUUAAGACUUGCAUUGCUUUUUCUGUUACACACUGUGUUUUUAUCAUUAGAAUUGUGUUACAAUUGCUUGUAUUCUGUCAAACUACUUUUUACAUUACUGUUUCGAUACUGUUGUGCAUUUCAUAUAAAAUACAACAUUAAUUCACUUUUAUUUAAAUGUAUGUUUGAUUUUCUCUCAUAUUCUUCAAGCUAAACUGGUAAAUUUGCAGGGACAUUGCAUCCAGAUUACAUGAGGAGGAUAAUAGCAUGCAUAGAGGACAUUCUAUUGACUAACACUUUCAGUUGUCUCAAACUCUCUUUUUUAAGCUGUAUCCUGCAUUACAUCUCUGUGGUGUUCUGAAGGCCCUAAAUAUAUUUUUCCACUCAGCUUAACUCAUCUCAAAACCCCAUGCAAUGUCCGUCAAUCCUCACCACACACUGUUCACCUCAGUGCAUCAAAUCCACAAACAUCCAUGUCACUAAGAGCACAACUAACUCUCUUCAUGACAAAAGCCUGAGGUAAAAUUCACUGGUAGGUUUGCAGGGACAUUGCAUCCUGAUUACAUGAUGUGCAUAAUAGCAUGCAUAGAGUACAUUCUAUUGACUAACACUUUCAUUGUAUCAGAAUCUCUUUUUGAGGAUGUAUCCUGCAUCACAUAUCUGUGGUAUUCUGACGGCCCUAAAUAGAUUUACCACUCAGCUUAACUCAUCUCUAACCCCCAGCAAUGACCGUCAGUCCUCACCACACACUGUCUUCCCACACCUCAGUGCUUCAAAACCACAAACAUCCCAUGUCACUAAGAUUACAACUCACUCUCUUCAUGAGAAAAGACUGAACUAAAAAUAGACUUCUUAGCUGAGUAUAUUUUGAAAAGAGUUGAUAUUGUUGAAAAUAUAAUCCAAAUACGACAAUGUACAUAUUGUAAAUAAGAAUUUUUCACAAACAAUACAAAAUGUUAAUAUGCAUUUGUGCAGGUUGAAGUACUGUACUUUAUUUCAAUUUCAAUAGGGUGCAGCAGUGUACAUGGAAGUCCACAUAACUGCCUUAACAGUAGAGUCGGCAGCAACUUUUAGAAUUGUCAAAAUGUUCAUAUUAUUAAUUAAGAAUCAUUGAAAACUUACUUUCCUGUGAUAGUUAAUGUGUGUAGUCCCAACAAAGACAAUGUGUUGCUGUUAAAAAUCUAUAACAAGGUAAUAUAUACCUUUACUACAUGCGUAUUACACAUCUACAACAUGUUAUAAACCCAUUUCAGCAUCAUGGUGUCACAUGCAUCAAACAGGCCAGGUAGUCAUCAUCACUGGAUCAUUACUACUAACAUCAACUAAGUUAUUAUAAAGUGUACCUUAGUUAACAGGAGGAGCCACAGAAUCACUCAAAAUAAAAUGGGUAGCAGAGUGAUCUCUAUAUGACAAAGACAAUGACUCAUGUUGACUUGUAGUUUUAUAUUGAGUUCCAGGGAGUAGUUGAAUAAGUAUUGGAGAUAACCUAUUUAUUAAAGUAAUCUCUCCUUUGUAAUGUGUUGUCCUCUUUUAGUGUUGAUAGUAUGCCACUUACACCCACCCCCACACAUUGAACAAAUUCACAGAUACUCUGCAGUCUUCUGUAAGCCCAAGAUGAGGCUGUAUCUAUGCUUUGGUCUUCUGGCCUGCUGGCUUUGUGCACACAGGACCCUCCUACCUGCUCUCUGUGUCUCUGUGUCUCUAUGUGGUUUUCAGAAGGAUGUCUAUGUGGUGUCACUGUUGUUCUCACUAUCUUUACUUGUUGUUCAUGUUGCCCCUGACAGCUUACAGCCACAGCAAAACAGUUAUUUAUUCAACUGACUCUAAUAUAUAUUUAUUUAUUUGAAAACAGUUACAAACCACAAAGAACUGCUGAUGAACCCUAUUUGAACUCUCUGAGUUAAUUGUGUCAUGUGUGAUACAGCACCAUCUAUUCUAGAUAUUUUGGCUAAGGGGGAGGGGCCAGUUUAUGAUGAUGUCAUGGGAGAACUUUCAGUACAUUCUCAAUCAAUAUAUUCUGAUAGAUUACUUCCUAUUAGAACAACACUAACCAGAGAUUGAAACAGAAUAUAUCAAAUCUGUCACAUGUAUUAGUUAGGCUGGGGAGUCAUGUCAGCCAUGCACUCUCAGGUGUUAUACAUCAGUUAGUUAAUGUUUCUGUAAAUUAUAUACAGAUAAUGUAAGACUGACUAAAAUGUACUUGUUUCAUUCUGUAGGUGUUUCCCCCACAUAUACUCAUGAUGCUCCACCCCUGUUCACCCUGAUACUGAACAUGACCAACCACAAAAACCACAAACCAACAAGUAGUAAAACCAUCAAGAGAAUUACUUACAAGACCAUUCUACAGCAUCCUGUGUCAACAACUUAAACAACUGAUACCAAUUGACAUGUAAUUCCUCCUUCUCUUGUGUUCUGUACAUGGUAUGCCUUUAUGAAUGUUUGUCCAGAGGGCUUCUGCAGAGUCAACCUACUGUUACCAUGCUAAACCCACCCACUCAACAUGCACUCAGUGAGCUGUUCACAGGUAUCUGAACACUUUGGUCUGUUGUGAGCUCAAGAUGAAGCCAUCUCUACGCUGUGGACAGGCCUGCUGGCCUUGUACACACCCUGUGGUUUUCAGCAGGAUGUCUAUGUGGUGUCAGUCAGUUACUCUUAUUCUUCGUUGUUCACACCCAUCAAAAUAAGCAACACAGACCACUGCCAUGCAGACCCACACAAUAUCUUAUCACUUACAAGUUCAUAGUUUUAAUUAAUUAUUGAAUUGCAAUCAUUAGUUUACAGUGUAGAGUAGAAGGUGUAUCCAGGCUACAGCCAAGAGCCCUACCCACCCAGGUAAACCCCUGACCCUUACUAAACUAUCAGGUGUUACAUUUCAGUUAAUAAUGGAUAUUUAUGUGAAUGAGACUGACAUACAAUAGACUUGUUUAAUCCUGUAGGUAUUUCCUCCAUAUUCACUAAUUAUGCUCUCUACCCCUGUCCACCUCUAUGCAGAACAGACCUCCUACUCAUCUGGAGUAUUGCAACUGUUACGAAUUCCCUGCCGGUGACUCUUAGCACACCAUCUCUUUCUCACAGCCCUCCCUCAGGGACAAACUCUGUAACUUUCUAAUUCCUGCAGUAGGCUCCCUUCGCCUCUUACUAGGGGUCAUGGUUACCAGGAGCCUUAACACACCGUGGGGUCAGCCAAUCACAAGCAGUCAUCUUGGGUCCCAGAUCCCAAAUUCCUGCCUCCUCCUCUCAGUUUCCUUCAAGCCGUCACAGAAAGAGCAGCAAGCUCAUCUCUGUUCUUCACAACAGCUGGACUCACUCAUAUAUCUUUGGACAUGUGUGACUGUGUGCGUGAACGAAGUGAGUUGUGGGACAUGUUUACAUUGUUCUUAAUAGUUAGAUAUUGUUGCAUUAUGUAUGCUGCCUCUGUACAGCUUGUAACCUGUAAACAUGUUCAGGGAUUAUAUGCCAUUUAUACAUUCCUGUAUUAUGGUUAUUAAACCUCUUGUGAUAUCGUAUGUACAGUUUCAUUGCCUUUCAUUUCCUUCUACAGAACCUCUACAUUUCCCACUUUCCAUCCCCAUGUACAUUUCCUGGUCACAGACCAGUAAACAUUUAGAGCCAGGUUGCUCUUUUUCAGUAGCUGUUGAAUGUCCUGGUCAAAAUUAUAUUUGUUUUCUUUCAAAGACGUAGGGUAUAACUGUAUCAAAGAAGACACAGUGGGUUGUGUGUGGCUGUCCAUGUGGGUGUUUGAGUGGGAAAGAGACAGAGGCGAACCAAUCAGUAAAAAAGCACAGCCCCCUUCAUUAUCGACGCAUCGUGCCGACAACAUCAAAACAGCCUCCAGACUCUGAAGUCAGGAGGUUUUCUAGUUAGGUGUCAAAAGGAGGUAGUCUAGCAUGAGCAUUGGCUUUUGCGAGCCGGAACGGCUCAUAGGAGCAGCAGCCUAUAUCCUGUUUCUGUAGCGUGAGGCAGCUUGAUGUACAGUACACCUCCUGGAGAUGACUCUAGUCUAUCACAGGGCCUUACCCCCAAUCUAUCUCCAUAAUGCUGAUGUUGAUAUGGAAUGUCGUUGGAGGGAAUAGCGGCCAUUAUACGGGCUCCUGACCAAUUGUGCUAUUUUGUGUAUUUUUUGGAGCUGAUCUUAACUUUUUUAGCAUAUUUUGUUUCCGCCAUCGUUUCCUACAGUAUGACGAAAAAAGCUUCUGGACAUCAGAACAGCUAUCACUAACCUCAAUUUGGAUGAGGACUUCUACUUCAAUGAAUCAGAUGCGAUACCAUGUUGAUUAUCCAGGACCAGGCCCAAAUCCUGACACUUGAAGAAGGAUGAGACGUCGCUAUAGAGGCUGGCAUGUGGGAUACCUAGCGAGACUACGUCAGCGAGUGGAUAAACCGCCUCUACCCUCCGUUCUAUUGGCAAACGUGCAAUCACUGGAGAAUAAACUGGAUGAGCUCCGAUCGAGACUAGCCUAUCAACGUGAUCUUAAGAACUGUAAUAUCCUUUGUUUCUCUGAGUCAUGGCUGAACAAGGACAUGGUAAAUAAAAAUCUAGCAGUUUUUUCUAUACAUCGACAGGACAGAACAGUGCUGAAAGAGAGCAAACCGGCUCUACGUAUUUUACUGGUUUGUGACCCACUGACACCGCCCCCAGUUAGAGGGGAAUAAGGCAGUCCAAGAGUUGACACAUACAGUAACUUUAUUUACACACACUGGAGAUGAUGAAUAUGGGGAUGCAUAUGGGAAUAUACAUGGGGAUGAAAAGUGGGAAAGGUAGUGGAAUGGAAGUGGUUCUGAAACAGGAGAAACAGAGGUAAAGUAUUCACUGUACACAAUACUAUCUCAUAGCACAAGUAGAAACAAGGGAAGGACUGUAUGAAAAUGUAUAUGCUACCUACACAUUACAAUGCAGCUAUACACAAAGGCAGCAUACAACAAUAGUAACAACUAAUUAUGAAGAACAAUUUACAAAUAUCACAUAACUCACUUUGCACACGCACCCCAUCCCACAAGCCCAGAAAUAUGUUAUUGAGUCCAGUUGUUGAUGGACAGAGACAGAGAUGUUGCUCUCUGCCACUGCUUGAGGGAGACUGCAAGUGUUGUGUGACCUGCAUAGUCAAGAGGAUGGGCCUCCUAGUAAACUCCCCAGCAACCUAUCAGGGCACAGGUCAAAUAGGUCAGAGAGAAUUUGAGAGGCAUGUUUAUGGUACCCCCUAGACUCUCAGGCUCCGGUUGUUGGGGGAAGGGGAGUGGUGUGUGCAGCUUAAGGUUGUGAGGUGAGGAUAACAGACACCAGCAUGGGAAUUCGUAACAGGUGGGGUCGGGGAAGCUCGGGGGAGAGGAUGUGUGUCUCUUCGUUAACAACAGCUGGUGCGCAAUCUCUAAUGUUAAGGAAGUAUCGAGGUUCUGUUCACCUGAGUUAGAAUACCCCAUGAUAAGCAGUAGACCAUACUAUUUACCAAUAGAGGUUUCAUCUAUAUUUUUUGUAACUGUCUAUUGACAACCACAAACCAAUUUUGGCACUAAAACCGCACUCAACGAGCUGUAAAGGGCCAUAAGCAAACAAGAAAAUGCUCACCCAGAGGCAACGCUCCUAGUGGCAGGUGACUUUAAUGUAGGAAAACUGAAAUCCGUUUCACCUCAUUUCUGUCAGCAUGUCACCUAUGCAAUUAGAGGCAAAAAAACUCUAGAUCACCUUUACUCCACACACAGAGACACAUACAAAGCUCUCCCUCGCACGCUAUUUGGCAAAUAUGACCAUAACUGUAUCCUCCUGAUUCCUGAUUACAAGCAAAAAGUACCAGUGACAUGUUCAAUACGGAAGUGGUCCGAUGAAGCGGAUGCUAAGCUACAGGACUGCUUCGCUAGCACAGACUGGAAUAUGUUUACAACAUCAGUCACGGGCUUCAUUAACAAGUGCAUCGAGGAUGACGUCCCCACUGUGACCGUAAGUGCGUAUCCUAACCAGAAGCCAUGGAUUACAGGCAACAUCCACAAUGAGCUAAAUGCUAAACCUGCCACUUUCAUGGAGAGGGACAUUAUUCCGGACGCUUACAAUAAAUGCUACUUCGACCUUCGACCAAACAUCAAACAAGCAAAGCGUCAAUACAGGACCAAGAUCCCUGACCCAGUUUGUAAUACCUACAUGUUUCAAGCAGACCACCAUAGUCCCUGUGCUCAAGAACGGCAAGGUAACCUGUCUAAAUGACUAUCGACACUAAACACUCACAUCUGUAGCCAUAAAAUGCUUUGAAAGGCUGGUCAUGGCUCACAUCAACACCAUCAUCCCAGACACCCUGGACCCACUCCUAUUCGCAUACUGCCCCAACAGAUCCACAGAAGCUCAUCACUAAGGACAUCUGGGGCCAAGCUGGGGCCGAGCUCCCAGCAAUCCAGGCCCUCUAUACCAGGCAGUGUCAGAGGAAUUUAUUUUUUAAUUUUAUUUCACCUUUAUUUAACCAGGUAAGCCAGUUGAGAACAAGUUCUCAUUUACAACUGCGACCUGGCCAAGAUAAAGCAAAGCAGUGCGAUAAAAACAACAACACAGAGUUACAUAUGGGGUAAAACAAAACAUAAAGUCAAAAAUACAACAGAAUAUAUAUAUACAGUGUGUGCAAAUGUAGCAAGUUAUGGAGGUAAGGCAAUAAAUAGGCUAUUGUGCAAAAUAAUUACAAUUAGUAUUUACACUGGAAUGAUAGAUGUGCAAGAGAUGAUGUGCAAAUAGAGAUACUGGGGUGCAAAUGAGCAAAAUAAAUAACAAUAUAGGGAUGAGGUAGUUGGGCGGGCUAAUUUCAGAUGGGCUGUGUACAGGUGCAGUGAUCGGUAAGGUGCUCUGAACACUGAUGCUUAAAAUUAGUGAGGGAGAUAAGUGUCUCCAGCUUCAGAGAUUUUUGCAAUUUGUUCCAGUCAUUGGCAGCAGAGAACUGGAAGGAAUGGCGGCCAAAGGAGGUGUUGGCUUUGGGGAUGACCAGUGAGAUAUACCUGCUGGAGCGCAUACUACGGGUGGGUGUUGUUAUGGUGACCAAUGAGCUAAGAUAAGGUGGGGAUUUGCCUAGCAGUGAUUUAUAGAUGGCCUGGAGCCAGUGGGUUUGGCGACGAAUAUGUAGUGAGGGCCAGCCAACGAGAGCAUACAGGUCACAGUGGUGGGUAGUAUAUGGGGCUUUGGAGACAAAACGGAUGGCGCUGUGAUAGACUACAUCCAAUUUGCUGAGUAGUGUGUUGGAGGCUAUUUUGUAAAUGACAUCGCCGAAGUCAAGGAUCGGUAGGAUAGUCAGUUUUACGAGGGCAUGUUUGGCAGCAUGAGUGAAGGAGGCUUUGUUGCGAAAUAGGAAACCAAUUCUAGAUUUAACUUUGGAUUGGAGAUUCUUUAUGUGAGUCUGGAAGGAGAGUUUACAGUCUAACCAGACACCUAGGUAUUUGUAGUUGUCCACAUACUCUAGGUCAGACCUGUCGAGAGUAGUGAUUCUAGUCGGGUGGGCGGGUGCAAGCAGCGUUCGAUUGAAGAGCAUGCAUUUAGUUUUACUAGAGCAGUUGGAGGCUACUGAAGGAGUGUUGUAUGGCAUUGAAGCUCGUUUGGAGGUUUGUUAGGAAGACCCUCCCAAGUCAUACUGUUCUCUCUGCUACCGCACGGCAAGUGGUAACGAUGCACCAAGUCUGGAACCAACAGCACCCUGAACAGCUUCGACCUCCAAGCAAUAGGACUGCUAAAUAGUUAGUUAAACAGUCAAAUCAAAUGAAAUCACAUUUUAUUGGUCACAUACACGUUUAGCAGAUGUUAUUGUGAGUGUAGCGAAAUGCUUCUGUUUCUAGCUCCAACAGUGAAGUAAUAUCUAACAAUUCACGACAAUACACAAAAUACACACAAUCUAAAAGUAAAAGAAUGGAAUUAAGAAAUAUAUAAAUAUUAGGACGAGCAAUGUCGGAGGGGCAUAGACUAAAAUACACUAGAAUAGAAUACAGUAUAUACAUAUGAGAUGAGUAAAGCAAAAAUGACUAGUGUUCCAUUAUUAAAGUGGCCAGUGAUUUAUAGUCUACAUAUAUAGAGCAGCAGCUUCUAAGGUGCAGGGUUACGUAACCGGGUGGAAGCCGCCUAGUGAUGGCUAUUUAACAAUCUGAUGGACUUGAGAUAUAAGCAGUUUUUCAGUGUCUCGGUCCCAGCUUUGAUGCACCUGUACUGACCUUGCCUUCUGGAUGAUAGCGGGGUUAACAGGCAGUGGCUCGGGUGGUUGUUGUCCUUGAUUAUCUUUUUGGCCUUCCUGUGACAUCGGGUGCUGUAUGUGUCCUGGAGGGCAGGUAGUUGGCCCCCGUGAUGCGUUUGGCAGACCGCACUACCCUCUGGAGAGCCCUGUGGUUGCCGGUGGUGCAGUAUUCCUUUUGUCCAGAUGGGAUAGGGUAGUGUGCAAUGUGAUGACGAUUGCAUCAUCUGUAAGCAAAUUUAAGUGGAUCUAGGGUGUCAGGUAAGGUAUAGGUGAUAUGAUCCUUAACUAGCCUCUCAAAGCACUUCAUGAUGACAGAAGUGAGUGCUAAGGGGCGAUAGUCAUUUAGUUCAGUUACCUUUGCUUUCUUGGGUACAGGAACGAUUGUGGACAUCUUGAAGCAAGUGGGGACAGCAGACUGGGAUAGGGAGAGAUUGAAUACGUCCGUAAAGUUGGUCUGUAUUUAUUCCUCGUGUUAUACAUUUUCUAUAAUUACUAUUUUUCUCUCUCUGCAUUGUUGGCAAGGGCCCGUAAGUAAGCAUUUCACUUUAAGUUUGCUAAGCAUGUGACAAGUGAGUUUGACUUUGAUUUAAUUAGCCAAGCACAGACGCAUCAGGUCUUAUUUUUACAGUCUUUGGAAUAAGUUAGGUGUCAGCCAGACUAAAACUGUAUUAUAGAUUAAUUUAAACUCUGAGUUGGCCUGGGUUGGGAUGGGCUCAGUAUCAGAGGCACAAGAGAGCAGAAUAGGAUCAUUCACUGUUUGUCCAAACAUCAAAAGAGAACUGGUCUUUAAUAAAAGUUUCAUUUCCCAAAUAAAUAACCAGCUGUAUCAAGCUACUAUUUGAAUGUCUUGAUACAAUAACUCUGACUUGCUUUACAAUGUCUUCUUUAAAGUUUUUUUUCUGCUCAAACUGUGGUAAACCAGACGACAUAUUUGCUAGAAAGUACUUUUUAGUCCUGUUCAGACAGCCAAUACAAUCUCUUGUUUCAGUGUUCCCUCCUACACUGUAUAAAGGCUAUGUAAAGUGUCAUUAUAUAAAAGGUGCCCCGUUGUCAGACCCUUAUUCUGUACAGUACAGAAAGGAUUGACGUUUCAAUGAUGAUCAGACAUUGGGCAAUCUUUUUGUUUUAUGCCAACUCCGGUAAGAAAUUACAAUGUAGCUCCUUUAAAACAAUCUACAUAUCAUUGGCUUUUAUAAUGCAUUUGAAUUAUGUUGUAGCAAGUAUUUUAGAUGUUGUUCAGUCUUUAUCUUGAUCUUUGAUCAAUAUUGUUUGUUUGCUUUGACAGUUUGUGCAUUAACCAAGGACAUUGUUCAACCAAACCCAGUGAUGGUUACUCACCGGGGAGCUAGUGUGAACAUCCCUUGCUUUUGGCCAACUGAUGUGAAUACCAAUGUUGCUUGGUUCAAGCAGACUUUUGGACAGAAACCCCUUCUCAUGACAUCGACACUUUCCAGUGGACAAUAUUUUUAUUUCAACAACUUUACCAAGGAUUUCACUGAGACUAAACAUCUGAGUGUGAAGAGAGGAGUUGACAGCUUUAACCUGACCAUCUCCAAGACAGAGCCAGGGGACUCUGCUACUUACUACUGUGGUGCUAUGAAAGUGGGCAAAGUCAAAUUUGGAGAAGGAACUGUUUUGAUUGUCAAAGGUAACUAAACUUCCUUCCCUAAUUUUGGAUUUUCAAUUUUGCACCAUCAAAUUAGAAAUGUACUUGGCGCUAAAUGAAAAUACCAGGCCAAUACCAUUUACACACCAUGAUCUUACUCCGUCUCUCUCUUCAGGUUCAGAGUCCAACAGCAUGUAUGUGCUACAGCAGCCUGUGUCUGAGUCGGUCCAGCCAGGUGACUCUGUGACUCUGAACUGUACAAUACACACUGAGACCUGUGCAGGAGAACACAGUGUCUAUUGGUUCAGACAUGGUUCAGGAGAAUCCCAUCCAGGAAUCAUUUACACCCAUGGAGACAGGAGUGAUCAAUGUGAGAACAGCCCUGAGGCUGGGUCUCCUACACAGAGCUGUGUCUACAACCUCCCCAAGAGGAACCUCAGCCUCUCUGAUGCUGGGACUUACUACUGUGCUGUGGCCUCAUGUGGGGAGAUACUGUUUGGGAACGGGACCAAGCUGGACAUUGACCGUAAGUAAUAUUUCUGACAUUUCUGAAAAUAUCUAACACUCUUUCACAUUGCUGUGAAUAGAUUGUAUGCCUGGUUGAGCAAAAUGUCCUGAAUUUCCUCUAUCACUGUCUGUAUUUCUACAGAUGGUUGUAAGGAGGACCAUGUUCUCUUGGUGUACUGUCUGGGUGUAGUGUUGGCUCUUUGUGUCAUCCUCAUCAUUGUCCUUGGUUGUGUUUUGUAUAAGAUGACCAAGAAAACCUCUCUGCUGUGUAGAGGUAAGUGUUAUCAUUGCCCACAAUAUAUGCUUAAGCUGUUGAUGCAGGAUACAUUACGUUUAAUCAUGAAACUGGGUUAAUUCAUUGUAUGAUGAUGAUUCCACCAUGUGUUUGUCUAAAAGGAACGCACGCUCAGUCAAGUGGUCCGGCAGUCCCCGGUUCUCACAAUCAGGUAUGCAGACCAUGAAGUACAUUCUUUUUUGUAUGAGUUUGAUGAACUGUAAACAUAUCCUUCUAUCAAUGUAUCUGGUCAUUUCCUGAUGCCUUUGGAAUUGUUUUGCUAUUCCUUUUAGGAUAAAGAAGAUGAUGACACACUCACGUCGGUCCAUUACGCUGCUCUGAAUGUCAUCCACAAGAAGCCAAAGACCCAGAGACAGAGGAGUGCCAUGGGGAGAGACACUGUGUAUUCUGGGGUGAGGUGCCAAAACAUGGACUGAAACAUAGAUUUACCUCCUUUAAGACUUGCAUUGCUUUUGUGUUUUCUACACUAUAUGUAUAACUAUGGCUUUUUCAUUGUGUGUUACAAUUACUUGUAUUCUGUCAACCUCCUUUUAACAUUGAUACUGGAAGUGCAUUUUAGAUCCAAUAAAACAUUCAACUGCUUUCAUAUAGAGGUAUUGUUUGGUUUGCAUUAAUAUUUUUCUCUGUCCUUAAAUUUCACCCACAGAUUCAGUAUGCAAUAACCAUACUGGGCUUAUGCUCAAUGUAACAAAGGUAUGUUUGGCUGGAUAAUGCACUGUAAAUAUGCAUCUAUUGACUGGUGAUUUAGUUUGUCUCAAACUCUUUUUUAGCCGUAUAUUGAAAACAUCUCUGUGGUGUUCUGAAUGCCCUAAAUAGAUUUAACUCUCAGCUAAACUCAUCUCUAACCCCCAGCAAUGACCUACAGUCCUCACCAUGCGCUCUCUACAAACACCUGCAUCUAAACCACAAACAACCAUGUCACUAAGAGCACAACUCACUCUCUUCAUGAGGAAAGCCUGAACUAAAAAUAAACAGCUUAGGUGAAUAUACUUUGAACAGUAUAUUGUUGAGAGACUGAUUUCAAAUAUGACAAUGUACACAUUGUGAUUUAGCAGUUUUCAGAAACUAUUGACAAAAUGUGAACGUAUAAGUCCACCUUGCAGGACUGCAAUCCAUUUAUCUUUCAAUAGUGAGCAGUAGUCUAUAUGGAAGUCCCUGUGACUGCUUCACCAGUAGAGUCGAAGCAACUUUUAGAAGUUGUGAAAAUGUUCAAAUUGUUGAAUCGUUGAAAACGUACUUUCCUAAGAUAGUUUGUGUGUAGCCGAAAUAGUUGUCAAACAAGUUCCCAACAAACACAAUGUGUGGCUGUUAAGAAUCUAUAACAAGGUAAUAUAGUUAAUACAGGCUUAUUACACAUCUAUAACAUGUUAUAAACCCAUUUCAGCAUCAUAGCGUUGCAUGCAUCAAACAGGCCAGGCAUUCUACAUCACUAGAUCAUUACAGCUAUCAUCAACUAAGUUAUUAUAAAGUGUAGCUUAGUUACCAGGAGGAGCCACACAAUCACUCAAAUUAAAACUGGUAGCAGAGUAAUCUCUAUAUGACGAAUACAAUGACUCAUGUAUUUACUUGUAUUAUUUUGUUUUUAUUGAGUUCCAGAGAGCAGUUGCAUAAGUAAGGCCCACAACCUUUUUAAUCACAUAAUCUCUCCUUUGUAAUGUGUUGUCUUCUUUUAGUUAAAUUGAUAGCAUGCCACUCACACCCACCCCCACACAUUGACAAGUUCACAGAUACUCUGCAGUCUCCUGUAAGCCCAAGACAAGGCCGUAUCUACGCUUUGGUCAGGUGGCCUGCUGACUUUGUACACAAGGGACACUCCUACCUGCUCUCUGUGUCUCUGUGUCUCUAUGUGGUUUUCAGCAGGAUGUAUAUGUGGUGUCACUGUUGUUCUCACUAUCUUUACUUGUUGUUCAUGUUGCACCUGACAGAUUACAGCCACAGCAAAACAGUUAUUUAUUAAACUGACUCUAAUAUAUAUUUAGUUACCUGAAAUCAGUUUCAAACCACAAAGAACUGCUGAUGAACCCUAUUUGAACUCUCUGAGUUAACUGUGUCAUGUUUGAUACAGCACCAUAUAUUAUAGAUCUAUGGGCUCAGUGGGAGGGGCCAGUUUAUGAUGAUGUCAUGGGAGAACUUUCAGUACAUUCUCAAUCAGACAAGUGCAGCACAAAAACUACUGCAGAGAGAAACACAGAGUGGAUCAAAUGUGUCUUGUAUUGGUUGGCUUGUUGACUGGUGUCCAAUCAGACAUGCACUCUCAGGUGUUACACAUCAGUCAGUGCAUGUUUCUGUGAAUAAUAUACAGGUAAUGAGACUGACAUACAAUAGACUUGUUUCAUUCUGUUGGUGUUUUCCAGUAUGCACUCUGCUCCACCCCCGUUUCACCCUUAUACUGUACAUGACAAGACAUGUUCUAGACACAAAAUACCUCCUAUGGGUCAUCUGGAGUAUUGUAACUGUUGAAUUAUCAGCUGGACAAAAUAAAACAUUUUUCCUUUUAAAAACUUAAGGUACACUUGCAUCAAAUAAUACAUGUAUUACAAAGACAAAGUAUUACAGAGACAUAAUACACUUAUAAGGGACAUGCCCAGUGCAGUGGCACAACUGAGGUAAAUUAGAGGAUAUGGACUGACAUAUAAAAAAGGGCAACAAUAUAGCUAUGCUAUGUUUAAAAGGACAUCAGUAACCAACAAAGGUCUGACAUUUAUAGGCCAUGCUAUUGCCACAACUAAUAAUACUACAUUAUUUAAUGUUGGAUGCCUAAGAUGAAAACCAAGAGCCAAAAAUGCAGGUUGUAUGCUGUGGGGGAGAAACUUACAACAUUAUGGAUUAAUUUAACCUCUGGGCUAGGCUGGGUUGGGCUCAGUAUCAGAGGCACUAGAGAGGGGAAUAUGAUCCUUUGCUGUUUGUCCAAACAUCAAAAGAGAGCUGGUCUUAAUAAGUUUAAUUUCUCAAAUAAAAAAGCGGUGUAUCAAGCCACAAUUUAAUCGGCUUGAUCUUAUAACUCUGACUUGAUUGUCUUCUUUAAAAGUCUGUUCGUGCUGCUCAAACUACUGUAAACAGCUAGACUGUAGCUUUUAUUCUUGUUCAGACAGCCAAUAGAGUCUCUCAGUUCAGUGUUCCCUCCUACUGUAUAACGGCUACAUAUAAGUUUCAUCAGAAAAGAGGGGCCCUUUGUCAGACCCUCACACUAUACAGUGCAGAAAGGAUUGACAUUACAAUGAAGAUCAGACAUUGGACAAUGCUUUUGUUUUAUGCCAACUUCGGUAAGUAAGAAUUCAAAAUGUGGCUCGAUUUAAAUUGCAUUUAGUAUGAAUAUGAAAAGUAUAAUGAGAUAUACUGUCUCUAUAAUGGGUAUAAAUUAAUUUUGAUUCGUUUUAUGUUUAUCUUUUACAGUUUGUGCAUUGACUAUGGACAUUGUUCAACCAGACCCUGGGAUUUGUACUGAGAUGAGAGGUACUGUGUCUCUCCCUUUUUUUGUCCAUUAAAAUAACAUCAAAUUGAUCACAAAUACAGUGUAGACAUUGUUAAUGUUGUAAAUGGCUAUUGUAGCUGGAAACGGCAGAUUUUUUUAUGGAUUAUCUGCAUAGGCGUACAGAGGCCCAUUAUCAGCAACCAUCAGUCCUGUGUUCCAAUGGCACAUUGUGUUUGCUAAUUCAAGUUUAUCAUUUUAAAAGUCUAAUUGAUCAUUAGAAAACCCUUUUGCAAUUGUGUUAGCACAGCUGAAAACUCUUGUGCUGAUUAAAUAAGCAAUAAAACUGGCCUUCUUGAGACUAGUUGAGUAUCUGGAGCAUCAGCAAUUGUGGGUUCGAUUACAGGCUCAAAAUGUCCAGAAACAAAUAACUUUCUUCUGAAACUCGUCAGUCUAUUCUUGUUCUGAGAAAUGAGGGCUAUUCCAUGUGAGAAAUUGCCAAGAAACGGAAGAUCUCGUACAACGCUGUGUACUACUCCCUUCACAGAACAGCGCAAACUGGCUCUAACCAGAAUAGAAAGAGGAGUGGGAGGCCCCGGUGCACAACUGAGCAAGAGGACAAAUACAUUAGAGUGUCUAGUUUGAGAAACAGGCGCCUCACAGGUCCUCAACUGGCAGCUUCAUUAAAUAGUACCCGCAAAACACCAGUCUCAACGUCAACAGUGAAGAAGCGACUCCAGGAUGCUGACCUUCUUGGCAGAGUUGAUAAGAAAAAGCCAUAUCUCAGACAGACCAUCUUAAUCUUUUAUUUUUAUUGGCCAGUCUGAGGCUAAUUGAUCAUUAGUAGACUUUUGAACGGUAGUGUACUACUGUGGUGCUGUGUUAGUGGGCAAAAUCAAAUUUGGAGAAGAACUGUUUUAAUUGUCAAAGGUAAAUUAACUUCCUUCCCUAAUUUUGGAUUUUCAUUUUGCAGCAUACAAUUCAAAAUAAACUUUACAAUGUAAAUAAACAUAGCAGGAAAAUACAAUUUACAAACCAUAAUCUUACGCUGUCAAUCUCUUCAGAUUCAGUCCAACAACAUGUCUGUGCUCCAGCAGACUGUGUCGGAGUCAGUCCAGCCAGGACACUCUGUGACUGAACUGUAUAAUACACACUGA